CAAUCACGUAUCGAGAAAGUUUGGAUGCCCUACGUCUUUCCCUCCCUUUGAUAUUCACUGAUGUUUUCCCACACCAAAAUCAAAAGCUGCAGUUCGAUCGAGAGCUAGAAUCAGGACAACUAUCAUCUUCCGUUAUAUUCACUUCGUCGUCUCUCCUCUGUCAAAUCUUUUCCCGCCCCCAAGUAACUUUUAAACUCAACGUACAGAUUUAAAUUGUAAUCUACAAUGGGGGACAGUGAAACUGUGGUUGCUCAAGCAUCGACUGUUAUGGAAUACCCAUCCACAGGCUAUAUUCCAACCGAGUACUCUGCUGUAAGCUCAAACAUUACUCCAGAUGGUGUUGCUUUCACCGCUGGAGCUGCUGUGGAUAUGAACGCUCCAUCCAUUCCAACAGAUACUGCUUAUCCCUUGCCGGAUGGUUCUAGUUCAGCUGCUGGAAAUGCAUGCAACUCUGAUCCUAGUUCUGUUACACAAGAACCUCCUGUUACCUCACUAAAUGAGUCAAAGCCAGCUGUUGCUGUGGCAAAUACUUCUGAGAAUCUUAUCAGCCAGGAGAGUGUAGUACCAGAUUCAGCUCAAAUUGUUGGUUGUGAUUCUUCUGUAAAUGGCAAUGGUGUUAUUGAAGCGAGGGAUUUUAUUCAUACAGGAAAUGGUGAAAAUGGCAAUGCUUCGAAUGAUGCUGGUGGGGCUGAGCAACCGUAUGAAGAGAGUUCUGCACUUUCUGCUGAAGAAGAACGACUAUGGAGCAUUGUGAAAGCAAAUUCCUUGGACUUCAAUGCGUGGACUGCCCUCAUUGAAGAGACGGAGAAGGUUGCGGAGGAUAACAUAUUAAAAAUCCGGAAAGUUUAUGAUACCUUUUUGGCGGAAUUUCCCUUGUGCUAUGGAUACUGGAAAAAGUAUGCAGAUCAUGAGGCUCAUUUGGGUUCCAUUGACAAAGUAGUGGAGGUAUAUGAGAGGGCGGUUGUAGCUGUGACCUAUUCAGUGGAUAUUUGGUUGCAUUAUUGCAUGUUUGCUAUAUCUACAUAUGGAGAUCCUGAUACUGUUCGAAGGUUAUUUGAACGUGGAUUGGCUUAUGUUGGGACAGAUUAUCUUUCCUAUCCUCUCUGGGACAAAUAUAUAGAGUUUGAAUACUCACAGCAGCAGUGGUGUCAUUUGGCCAUGAUCUACACAAGGAUUUUUGAGAACCCUAAUCAACAACUUGAUCGCUAUUUCAACAGUUUCCAGGAGUUGACUGCAAGUCGACCUUUGUCUGAGAUACGGAGUGCUGAGGAAGCUGCUGCCGCAGUAGCUGCAAACUUGGAGGCUGGUGGCCAAGAAGCUGAAGGAGAGGUUCCUCCCAACAGUGAGGAACAAUCUACAAAACCUGUAAGUGCAGGCUUAUCAGAAGCAGAGGAGUUGGAGAAGUAUGUCGCCAUUAGAGAAGACAUGUAUAAGAAAGCUAAAGAGUUCGAUUCUAAGAUCAUUGGUUUUGAAACAGCUAUUAGGAGGCCUUACUUUCAUGUACGGCCCCUCGUUGAUUCAGAGCUAGAAAAUUGGCACAGCUAUCUGGAUUUUAUUGAAAAAGAAGGUGACCUCCACAAGAUUGUCAAGCUGUAUGAGAGGUGUCUAAUUGCUUGUGCCAACUAUCCUGAGUACUGGAUACGGUAUGUCUUAUGCAUGGAAGCGAGUGGAAGUUUGGAUCUUGCAAAUAAUGCACUUACUCGUGCUACGCAAGUCUUUGUCAAGAGACAACCGGAGAUUCACCUUUUCGCUGGUAGGUUUAAGGAGCAAACUGGGGAUGUUUCAGGAGCACGUGCUGCAUAUCAACUUGUGCAUUCUGGAAUAUCACCUGGUUUACUUGAAGCUGUUAUUAGGCAUGCAAACAUGGAACAUCGAUUGGGCAACUUGGAAGAUGCAUUCUCACUAUAUGAACAAGCAAUAGCCACUGAAAAAGGGAAAGAGCAGUCUCAAACAUUGCCAAUGCUCUUUGUCCAAUAUGCACGUUUUGUUUACUUGGUUGCUGGAAAUGCGGAAAAAGCUAGAGAGGUUCUAGUUGAAGCCAUUGAUAAUGCACAACUAUCAAAGCCACUUUUAGAGGCCUUAAUCCAUCUAGAGGCUAUUCAGUCGGCUGCUAAGAGAAUUGACUAUUUGGACUCAUUGGUUGAAAAGUUUAUAUUGCCCAUCCUUGAGAACCCCAAUCCUGCAAGUUCUGCUGACAGAGAAGAACUAUCUGGUAUAUUUUUGGAGUUCUUGAAUCUCUUUGGAGAUGCACAGUCUAUCAAGAAAGCUGAAGACCGGCAUGCGAAGCUCUUUUUACGCCAGAGGUACACAUCAGAGUUGAGGAAACGACAUGCUGAAGACUUUCUAGCUUCAGACAAGGCAAAGCUGGUUAAAUCUUAUCCGGGUGUUCCCUCAACAACACAAUCGUUGAUGGGUGCAUACCCAACUGCACAGAACCAGUGGACUGCUGGAUAUGGGCUACAACCUCAAGCUUGGUCCCAGGCAUCACAGGCAGGACAACAGUGGAACCCUGGCUAUGCUCAACAGGCUGGAUAUGGUGGGUAUACUGGUUAUGGCAGCGGCUAUACUCAUCCCCAGAUUCCCAGUUCAACUGCACAAAGCACUGCUUAUGGCUCUUAUCCUCCAACAUAUCCUGCCCAGACCAUCCCACACCAGAGCUAUGCCCAACCAGCCACAGCAGCAGCAUUUGCUCCAACUCAGCAACAAGCACCAGCACAGCAGGCUUACUAUGGGACUUAUUAUUGAUCUGUCAAAAAAUUGUCCAUCACAAUUUUGCCAUAUGUAAAUUAGGUUCUUUUUGCAUCUCUUUGAUAGAAAUUGAGCUAUACCCUGGUUUUUUUUUAUAAUCUGGGUUUGGGCGAUCUGGUAGACAGUAGAGGUGUUUACGAGUCAAUGUAUUGCAACUGUGACUAACCUGGAAGGUGCAUUGCAAUGGAAUUGUAUUU